AUGGUGGACACAUAUAGCACUGAUCUUCCUCCCGGUUUCCGAUUCCAUCCCACUGAUGAAGAGCUGAUCAUGUUCUAUCUCAAAAACCAGGCAACGUCAAGAACCUGCCCGGUUUCAAUAAUCCCCGAAGUCGAUAUCUACAAAUUUGAUCCAUGGGAAUUGCCUGAGAAAGCAGGAUUUGGAGAGAGUGAGUGGUACUUCUUCACCCCUCGAGAUAGGAAGUAUCCGAACGGGAUACGCCCGAAUCGGGCAGCUGUUUCAGGAUACUGGAAGGCUACAGGAACAGACAAAGUGAUCUAUAGCAGAUCAAAAUUUGUGGGUGUGAAGAAGGCUCUUGUUUUCUACAAGGGGAAGCCGCCGAAGGGCAUCAAGACUGAUUGGAUCAUGCACGAAUAUAGACUAGGCGAAUCAAGGCCACAUCCAAGCAUGCAGAAUGGCUCCAUGAGGAUGGAUGAUUGGGUUCUAUGUCGGAUCUACAAGAAAAAGAAUCUCACGAAGCCUCCUGAGCAAAGAGUUGAAGACUCGUUUAUUCAGCCUACAAUCACCAAUGAUGUUAUAGAUCCACAGAUACACAAGUUCCCCAGAACUUGUUCUCUAACUCAUUUAUGGGAGUAUGAAUACAUGACCUCGAUCUCCCAGCUCCCGGAUGAAAAUACAUACAAUGUGCCCUUUAACAAUCAAGAAUCGAUAGUCGAAAACCGGGACCAAAAGUAUCAGCCAGGGCAAGUUCAGUUACCUUACACGGGCGCCGUGAAACUCCAAGUCCAUGAGUCGAUUUUUGUGAAUCCAGUGUCACAAUUGCAGUAAUCAAGAACAACAUUGUAUUAAGGGACUAAGUUCACAGCAGGUGUACAGAGAAUGCUGGCUAAAAAAGUGGUUUUCAACAGAGCAACAUAUUUCUAAUCCAGUGGUGUUGGGCCAUAGAUAAAUUUAUGACUGCUUUCAGAUUUGUAUUAUAAUUUUGGUGAUAUAAAGAUUUUCACAUAAGUAUUAAGUACAAA